CUCGAUACCAGUGGGAUGACCAGACUAUUAGGAUCCAUACUAUGCAUACUCGUGCGAUAAUAAACAAAGAGAACGAUGGUCCAUGGUGAACUCAAGAUACGAGAAUAAAUAUGAGGAAAAAAACGAUCAGUACGCCGAAAAUCUUGAGCAUCAGCCAGCGAUUGCUUGAUAUACUGGCGUAGUAUUUGAGAAGUUCUCGCUGUGCACCGCCAAUAUUCGCCGCAAUAUCUUGCGUAUCGGCAUCGAUUCGCUGCACAGUUUCUCGCUGUUCCGCCACCAUUUGUGCAAGCUGGGUGAAUAUUUGGCCGAGCUCGGCAAUUGUGGACUCUAUAGAUUCUAUAGCAGUGGAUCGUGUUUGUAUGUAGCUUUCUUGCUGUUCCACAAGCUGCAUCUGCAUGAAAGCGCUUCCGCCAGCACCUUCCGUCGCUGUACCCUCUUCCGCCGUGACGAGGUCCAUGGCAAGAAUAUCGCCAUUUUGGGGAGCGCGGCCUUUUCCUUUGGUACUCAGGGCAGUUGUUCCACUGCUACCGUCUCCCAUGGGAUCCGGCGUGCUGGGGCGAGGUCGAUUUCCGAACAGCAACGAGUUGGUCGGCGCCUGCGUAGCAGCCGUGCUGGUGGAAUGCAUGAAUUGCUGUGUUCGAUCCUGCGAUUCUUUCAUGUUUUGUGUACGCAAUUCCAGCACGUCUUUGAAUGCCAUACUCGUGUUUGCCAACUUGCUCUGCAGGAGCAUGACGACAUUAUGGUGAUGCUCGUCUAUAUGUUUGCUCUCGGCCGACUUGGAGCCUUGAGCAUUGCGUUGCUUGAUGACUGCCUGUAGUGUUGCUAUCUGCUUGUUGAGGUUGGCAAUGUCUUGUUUGAUGAUGUAGGUGAGUUCACUGAUUUCCACAGGCCGAUCAUCAAACAAAGUCUUUCGUUUCGCCAGUUGAGCCAGCUUCCCGAGUUUGAUAUUGGUGCUGUUGAUGUCCUUGCCAAUGGCCUGUGCCAUCUGCGCUAAUUCACUCUUGCCCGUCCCUCUACCAUUCUGAAGCAGCCUUUGACGUGCCUCUGCACGUAAGGGUAUAGAAGACCUGCUUCGUAUGGAAUCCAUGCAGGCGAAGAAUUCCUUGGUCCGGUCCUGCACAGGCAUCUUGGCAACUCGCGGAGCGCUUCCUGGGUAUGUGUGACCAAGUGUGCGGAGAUUCGCUUUCCCCACGAGUAUGUGCUUUGGAAAUCGCAGAUUGUCUGCACCUUUCGCUACCGCAUGCUUGGUCGUAAAUCGUGUAUUUCAGCCUCCAAACGAGCCCUACACAUCAGGCCCUCCGCUGUCCCCCCGUCGAUCUUCUUUGCACGCUAUCAUCACUGUAAUCCCCCUCGCAGCGACUUUCCUGGUCUAAAAAUGGCUAUGCCUCCUGCGAAAGGUCUUCAGCACGAGAAGAACAAAGUCCUCGUCAUGGGUGCCGGGAAUUUCGGCUCAUGUCUAGCGGACCAUCUCGCCGACUCUGAGCAUGAUGUCUUGCUUUGGUCCAGAGAUGGCGCUCAAGUGGAAUACUUCAACCAGCACCAUAGGAAUUCACAAUACCUUCAGGACCAUCAGUUCUCCAUCCGCAUCAAUGCCAUUGGGCCUGAACUUCCCGAAGCAUCCGUUAUAUCGGGAGUGGACGUGAUGCUCUUUGCGAUUCCGACGGAGGGUGUAAGAGAAACGUUGAAGAACCUUCGGCCGCGGAUCAACCCAGAAAAGUUGCCUCUGUUUAUAUUCGUCAACAAGGGUAUCGAGACCAAAACGCGUGCCUUGACCCUAGAGAUCAUUGCGGAUACUCUGGGGAGCGACGUCGCAUCCGUUGCCACAUUUAUCUCUGGACCCUCAUUUGCGAAGGAAAUCGUCAAGCGCCAACCAACAUCUGUUACCGUGGCGUCGCUCUCCAUGACGCACGCUGAGAAAGCGUCCCAGGUGUUCCAUCAACCGUGGUUCCGCUGUUACAUCGGCGAGGAUCCGAUAGGCAUCGAACUUGCAGGCGCUCUGAAGAACGUUUAUGCCAUUGCCACCGGAACUGCGGACGGCCUGGGUUUUGAGAACAAUACCCGAGCAAUGCUUAUAACGAGGGGACUAUCCGAGAUGACUCGGAUUGGGGCGGCAUAUGGGGCGUCCCCGCUGACCUUCUUAUCUCUGGCGGGGGUAGGCGAUCUGUUUUUGACCUGUAGUUCUUCUGCAAGCCGGAAUUACACGGUUGGAUACCGCCUGGGCAAGGGCGAGAAGUUGGAGGACAUUAUCAGGACACUUGGGAGUGUCGCCGAAGGCGUUACGACCACGAAGGGGCUCCACGAGAUCGUGCAAGAGUUGGGGGUCAAUGCACCCAUUGCGACUGCUGUUUAUGAAUGCCUAUACGAAGGGAAAGACGUGCAAGACACAGCGCGCUCGCUGAUGUCUCUACCUUUCAUGAGAGAACUGGAUUUGCCGCAGAAGGCUGAAGGCCCAGCCCUGAAUUUAAUGAAGAAGCUUGGGCGUGGGUAAAGCUGAUGAG